UUAUUAUGGAUGUGGAAGAAUGCACUUGGAGGCGAGGGUCGUCAGGCUCAGAGUCAAGAGGCCGCUCGUUGCGUCGCCUGCCGGGUGGAGGGUAGUCGGCAGUUGUAACAGCCAAGAGAAGGAAGCGGAGUUCAUGAGGAAGAAGAAGAAUAGCUGUUCGCGCGAAAUGUUGCUCAGAUCUUAGUUGGCACAGCGCUACUAUACCCUCCUGGACGAAGAUUGUGUCUGUUGACACGAUUAACACACAGGUGCUGUUUCAGUUUCCCUUGAAAUCAGCGGCAGUUCUAACGUCGGACAACUAGCUCAUAAUCAGUUUUGCUCAGAAGACGAAAUGGGACCGAAGGACGUCUUUGUACAUUAUAACAUUCCCAAGUGGAUUGAAGAAAACAAGAAAUACUUUUUACCGCCAGUAUGCAACAAAAUGAUGCACGGCGACGGCCAACUGAAGGUGUUUUACGUCGGAGGACCGAACCAGCGGAAGGACUUCCAUCUGGAGGAAGGGGAGGAAUUCUUUUACAUGGUUAAAGGAGACAUGAACCUCAUCACCCUCACCAACGGAGCUUUCAAAGACGUCAUCAUCAAGGAGGGAGAGGUGUUCCAGUUGCCGGGCAAGAUUCCACACUCGCCUCAGCGAUUCGAAAACACAGUCGGGCUGGUCAUCGAGAGAGAGAGACUCAAGACUGAAAAGGAUGGCUUAAGGUAUUUCGUUGAAGGCACGACUAACUCUCUGUUUGAGCGAUGGUUCUACUGCGAAGACCUAGGCACUCAGCUUGGACCGAUCAUUAAAGAAUUCUUCGCUUCUGAACAGUACAAAACUGGAAAGCCAAUUCCAGGAACCAUCCCGGAGAAUCCUCCCUGGGUGCCAGAUGCAGCACGGGUUCUUGAGCCUCCAUUCUCCCUAGCGAAGUGGAUCACCAAGAAUAAAGGCGAGAUCCAACAGGAAGGAAGUAAGAGACUUUUCGACCUACGUUACCAAAGUGAUGUCGUCGUAUUCGGCGAAGGAACUUCAGAAGUCAAGAUAGCAAAUGCUGAGACUUGGUUGUGGCAGCUUGAGGGCGAAACGAUAGUGCAAGAAGGCGACAAAACUGUUAAGAUGACUGGCAAGGACUCGCUGUUGGUAAGGAAAGGAACCCCAUACACCCUGACUCGUGGAGAGGACGCGAUAACCCUCUCGGUCGUGAUGGACCCCGGCAACAAGGAACGAGCUUUCAAACACCUGCAGAAGAAGCAGUAACGGCGCCUUCCUGCCGGAGGAUCUUCAUAUCUAGGCUUCAUUCCUUGGGGUUUUCUGAACGAGAUCAUUUUACCGUAGAACUUCUUGUAAUGCCUUGUUAUUUGAAGAUUUUUUGUGGGCUAUGCUGGUGGUCCUAAUUUUUAAGAAGCAGUUGUGAAACGCAAAUUCAUUAGAAUAUAUGAAAGAUACAUUCCAUCUGCAAAUUUUACAGAGUGUAACCAUAAACAUGAUUCCAAAGCUAAAUCGUCACCUUAUUUUAGGUAUAAAAAAAUUGUAGCAUUGGAAAUAUCUAGAUAAAUUGAGAGGUAGGUCGGUAGAUCGGCAGAGGUCGAGAGGGAGAGAGAAAGAAAAAGGAGAAAUAUCCAGUGAUAUUGGAAUGAAGAGAAGGAAAAUGGUAAUGCUUAGUUAUGAAGAUUAACUUAACAUAUUGGAAACAAAUUUAUAUAUUCUUUCGGGAAAAUCGUAUUUUAUUCUUGCUUUCUGGGAUGAGGGACAUUUUUCUUGCAUUCUUGUUUGAUUAUCCAGAUAUUCUCUUUGUCGAGGAUGAGGAAGAUUUGUUGUGAUAUUUGUUUGUUUUUAUUAUUGUGUAAUCAUCAGCUGAACGACUGGUGUUCAGACAGAUAUAUUUUCUGAUACUGCAAAAGUUGUUCCAUUUUCAUAUAGUUUUAUAUCAUUUAUCUAAUCAUGAUUUAUAAAACAAGGGCGUUAUUGAAAUAGCGCAGAGAACCAGUUUAUUUUUUUCUUUCUUUUUUGCAACUCUAUUGAUACCUGAUGAAAUAAAAAUGAUCUCUUAUUCGUUAGUCAAA